AUGUACUGGUCAGAUUCAUCUAAUGGCGAGUUUGCAAAGAGCUCCCAGAGUGCAUUUGUUUCGUAUCUUCCAUCGUCAGAUAUGGACCAGACCUCCACACAAGAUGGAAUACUACCACAAAAUUCUCCACACUUUCCUGUGAGCUAUGUGUAUGAGGAUAUCCACCCAACAUCAUCAGUGGAUGCCGGACUGCAUACGGCUGUCGAUUCCGAUUCAUUUUACACUGGCAAUGGCUGUUUCGGAAAUGCAGAAUUGUACUCAAUGGACGCUGUAGGUUCUGUGAGGCAGGAUGUGGCGAUGAAUAUGACUGAAAUGGUUCAUCAACACUACCGCGGCAUCGAUGACGCCUCUCAGGUUCCUUGCAGUGCGUGUGAGUUAACUUGA